ACUUGUGCGCCCGGGAAACCCCGUCGCUCCCUUUCCCCUGGCCGGCAGCGCGGAGGCCGCACGAUGCCUGGAGUUACUGUAAAAGACGUGAACCAGCAGGAGUUCGUCAGAGCUCUGGCAGCCUUCCUCAAAAAGUCUGGGAAGCUAAAAGUCCCUGAAUGGGUAGACACUGUCAAGCUGGCCAAGCAUAAAGAACUUGCUCCCUAUGAUGAGAACUGGUUCUACACACGAGCUGCUUCCACAGCACGGCACCUGUACCUUCGGGGUGGAGCUGGGGUCGGCUCCAUGACCAAGAUCUACGGGGGGCGGCAGAGAAACGGCGUCAUGCCCAGUCACUUCAGCAGAGGUUCCAAGAGUGUGGCCCGCAGGGUCCUCCAAGCCCUAGAGGGGCUCAAAAUGGUGGAGAAGGACCAAGAUGGUGGCCGCAAACUGACACCUCAGGGACAGAGAGAUCUGGACAGAAUCGCCGGACAGGUGGCAGCUGCCAACAAGAAACAUUAGAACAAAUGAUGCUGGGUUAAUAAAUUGCCUCAUUCGUAA